UAGUCUUAAAAUUAAUCUAUGUAUUUUUUCUUAACUUAUUCAUCAAGUUUUGAUCAUUUAUUUCUCAAUCACAAUGUAUAUAAUUUUUGUUUUACGUUUUGUUUGAAACGAAAUAGCAUGCAAUACUAUUUGUGAUUUCAUUUGUUAAUAAAAAUUUUGUUUACAAAUUUUUUUUUCCAGAAAAUGAAUCCUGAAGGUUUUAUCAAUAUGGCCAAUAAUAUGGACAAAGAUAAAUAUGCACAAUUUAUUCAAAGAAGACUUCAAAGCAUGCAAUCCAGGAAUCGUAAUUGGAAAAUGUCGUAUAAUAUCGUUAAAACUGCUCAGAAAAAAGUAGUUCUACAACAUAAAUCAAAUAUUUUACUUUAUUCUUAUAAAAGUAAAUUAAAAGGUGCUUGUCCAGUUCAAAUACAAGCAUUGAAAGAACACAUUCAAAAGGAUUUGGAGCCUAAAUACGAUGAAUCAAAGUCUAUAGAUAUUGAUUUUGAUGAAGAAGAGAAAGAAGAAGACCUAGACGUUCAUCCCAGCGAAUUAACAGUAGAAUUACCAAAAUUAAAAACAUGGGAUAUGUACAAAAAAUUGGUAGAAGAAUCACGAUUAAGACCAAAAGUAAAAUGUAUUCCUGAACAACCAGUAAUAGAUGUCUCAACCUUAUCAAAAGUUUAUUUCAAAUACCAGUAUAUUCAUCAAAUAUUUACUUUACUUUAAGAAAAAUCUUUAAUUUUAUAAUUUUCUAUUUUUAAAAUCAUAAUUUUUAAUUUUAGAAUUAAAAAAUAUAUUAUAUCACGAAUAAUUGUGAAAAAAAAACCCGAAAAAAGUAUAAUAAAAUUAAAAAAGCAAAGAAUUUUAAUGGCAAACACGAAUUACAUAGAAUUUAAAAAUUUUGAACUGAAGAAAGUAUAUAAG